AUGACUGAGAUUAGUUACGAUACCAACUCCAAGAAGCUGAGCUCUGUUGGAGAACCCACAGAAGGCUUGGAGAUCGCUUUGGGGCAAGUUAACACUUUGACCACUGCUUUGAUCUCAGAGACAAACCCAAAUUUCACUCCACAGCCACAUGAGGACGUAAGUAAACUAAUCAAGAACCUGUUCGACAGUGGUUUGAAAAAUGCUCAGCAGAAUAAGUUCCCAGAGGCUUUGAAGAACGUUUCGCUGGCAAUCGAGAUGGCACAGAGGAAAAGGGCUCCAUGGGAAGCCUUCGCCAUACAGUUGAAAGAAUUGCAAUUCAUGUUGCGUCAUAAGAUUGAUAUUCUACUAGUGUUGGGCAGGUACCUCGAAGCACUACAGGAUCUUGAUAUGCUAAUGAACACGGGACUUAUUCAACCGGAAGUUCUCAUUAGAAAGACGGAUGCAUUGUUGAAAUUGGGUCAAUUGGAUCAGGCAAGAAUUGAGUGUGAAAGAGGUCUUACUUUACAACCACAAAAUGCUAAAUUGAAAGCACUAUUGAUGGAAUGCACGAGGAAAUUGGCAGACUUUAAUGGUGAAAUUUAG